AUGCAUCAUCUUUCACGAACACAGCAUUUCGUAAACGCAGCUCUGGUUGAAGCCUGCUUGGAAGGCCGUGAUUUUUCGGGGGUUGAAAAGAUGAAUCUAUGUUCGAAUUCGGAUAUGGAAAUUUUGGAAGGCAGUGGUCCGUGGUUAAUGAUCCGUAUUCGCCUUUAA